AUGAUUAAAAACAAAAAUGGAGAGGCCCUUUGGCUGCUUCUUUCAUCCUCCUUCUUAUCUCCAUAUACCGUCGUUGCCACCUUCGACGAUGAACCUUCUUUCCCCGAAAAUGCGGAUCUCACGAAUGACCUAGAACAAAAAUGUUUUAGCGUCAAUAAAGUCGAUCCUAACCUCAAAUUUGAAAAUGAUCGUCUCAAAAGAGCUUACAUUGCUCUUCAAGCGUGGAAAAAAGCCAUUUACUCGGACCCGUUUAAGACUACAGCCAAUUGGGUUGGUUCUGAUGUGUGUUCUUACAAUGGAGUUUAUUGUGCACCUGCUCUAGAUGAUGAUAGCCUCACGGUCGUAGCUGGAGUUGAUCUUAAUCACGCGGAUAUAGCCGGACAUUUACCACCAGAGCUUGGCCUUAUAACGGACCUAGCUUUGUUUCACAUCAAUUCUAAUCGGUUUUGUGGGAUUAUUCCCAAAAGUUUAUCGAAACUCGCUUUGAUGUAUGAAUUCGAUGUUAGCAACAAUCGAUUCGUUGGUCAGUUCCCUGAAGUUUCACUCUCGUGGCCUUCUUUGAAGUUUCUUGAUCUAAGAUACAAUGAAUUCGAAGGAAGUUUGCCAUCAGAGAUCUUUGAUAAAGAUCUUGAUGCAAUCUUUUUGAAUAACAAUCGGUUUGAAUCGGUUAUCCCGGGUACAAUUGGGAAAUCGAAAGCAUCGGUUGUGACAUUCGCAAACAAUAAAUUCAUUGGUUGUAUCCCAAAAUCGAUUGGUAAUAUGAAGAACCUCAAUGAGAUUGUCUUCACUGGAAACAAUUUAACCGGUUGUUUCCCAAACGAGAUUGGUUUGCUUAACAAUGUGACGGUGUUUGAUGCGAGCAAGAACGGUUUUGUUGGUAGUUUACCGACAACAUUGUCCGGUUUAGCUAGCGUUGAGCAGUUGGAUUUAUCGCAUAAUAAGCUCACCGGAUUUGUUGUCGACAAAUUUUGCAAAUUGCCUAAUUUGGAGAGCUUCAAGUUUUCUUACAAUUUUUUCAAUGGAGAAGCUGAGAGCUGUAUUCCAGGGAGAAACAAUGGGAAACAAUUUGAUGAUACCAACAAUUGCUUGCAGAAUAGACCGAGUCAAAAGCCUGCUAAGCAAUGUUUGCCCGUGGUUAGUCGUCCCGUGGAUUGUAGCAAGGACAAGUGUUCUGGCGGUAGCAACGGUGGCUCUAGCCCAUCACCAAAUCCACCAAGGACGUCCGAGCCAAAGCCAUCAAAACCAGAGCCGGUUGUGCCUAAGCCUAGUGAAUCACCUAAACCGGAACCACAAAAACCAUCAAAACCCCAGACACCAAAAACACCAGAACAACCAUCACCUAUACCUCAGCCACCAAAGCAUGAAUCUCCUAAACCGGAAGAACCAGAAAACAAGCCUGAGCUACCAAAACAAGAGGAGUCUCCUUAACCACAACCGC